AUGAGUGAAAUACCGAGUCAGAAGACACUUGUUUGGACUUUGAUACGAAUAGGGUUAUCGUUAUGGUACUGGAAGGGUGUACUAAUUGAUGGUGAACAUCUUGAGUUGAACGUAUGGAACGUGGUAUUGGCUUGGGUCUUUUGGUGGUCCUUGGUGUACAUUAUUACUGGAGUUCAUGUUCAAUUCUUCUACAUCCAAAGUGGACUCAAUCUUAGAGGUAUAACCAUUAAGAAGGGCCAUUCAACUACCACCAUACGAAAUCUAAGAUUGCAAUUGGGUUGGGGGUCGAUUUUAAUUGAUGUUGAUAAAGUAGAAACAGAAAUCCAUUCCAAGAAACUAAAGAAAAGGAAGAGAGACACUGAUAGAAGCACUAAACGUAAUAGUGCUAAUAAUGAUGAUGAAGCCAAUACUCUAAUAAGUGUUCUUCCCAACAACAUUAUACUAAAGAAAUUAGGCUCUUUUCUUAUACAAAGAAUCCCUUCCAUAAAUAUUCGGUUAAAGAAGGUAGAAAUUAAGCUAUCAAAACAUCAAAAGGUUCUGUUCCCCUUUUCAAAAUUUACAUUGAUGUCGAAAGUUAGUCUGAAACAACCAAAUCUGUUGAAAUUUUAUAUGAACUUUUUCAUACAUGAAACUUGUUAUACCAUUGUUAAUCUGGAGUCUACAAGACUAUUUACUCCUGCUGUUAUUGACAUAUUUCGAGUUCAAUUGAGCAGUAUGGUCAAUGCAACCAGUGGGAAUGUUUCGCAAAUGAAAUCCAAAUUGUUGGUGGAUGAUCUUACAGUUAAUGUUUUCGAAACGUUUCAAUUUCUUCAUGAAGUUGGUCUCUUUGACAUUGAUAAUCUUUUUUCAACUAUAUUUGCAGAUAUAACCGAAGAAGAUGAUCACCAGAAAGCUGCUGUUGAUGCUCCUACUGUUAUAACUAAGAAGCAAAAUAAGAAACCAGCUUGGGGUUGGAUAGGCAGAUUCUAUUCUAAAGUGGAAGAUACAGAUAUACGAUUUCAAAAUAUCGAUAUCAAAGAUAUUCUGCUCAUUAAUUUCAAUGAAAAGUUUGAAUUAAAAAGGUUAUUCACAGCUCAACUGCAUAAUUCAUUAAAUUUGAAUUUAAAAGGGCUUUCCAUAAAUGCAAGCAGAAUCCAUAAAACAGGUGCAGGGUACUUUAUCCUUUUCAAUUCAAUAUUGGAUUACCCUUUCCAUUUCACUCUUGCUUUACAAAUGUUUCUGAUUAGAUAUAACCAUUUAUAUGAAGAUAAUUCUACGGAAUUAUAUGAGAUCUUUAACUUGCCAAGUUUUUCUAUUUCCAACAAGGCCAAUGUCUUGAACCAUUUAGUUAAUGGGAAGGGAUUCAAAGAUUCAGUCAUAGAAUUCUACGCAGCAACAGGAAGUCCUACAGUUGAUAUUGAUACGGAAAGACUUGCGAUAAUAAUUUAUAAUGUUUUCAUGUUGAAGAAGUAUAUCAAGGUUAAACAAUUACAGAGACUUAAUAACAAUGCCGAAGCAUUGAAAAAGGCAGUUUCAGUAUUUGAAAACUCAAUAAGAAAGACCAAAAAAUUGGAUGAUGAUAAACCUCCAAGAAACAACUUUAGUUUUGUCAUGGAGUUACUUUACCAAUAUUAUCCUCGGUUCAACGCCAACAUAACCAUAGAACAACCUAGACUCAUUAUUUGCAACAAGAAUCUGAAGGAUAAGAAGUUACAUAUAUUGACGGUUUCUAUAUCCCAAUUAGCUAUCCAUUUAAAGACAACAGAAGAUCGAAACUAUGAUAUCACAGGGACUCUUGAGAACUUAACAACUACAUAUUCAGAGAAAUCUAAUUCUAUGAACGGUGAUUUCACCUAUUUUGAUGCAGAUAUCUUCAAAUUGAAAACUAUGAGCAGUAAGUUUAUGCUUUGCAAGAACUUUAUGCUUUCUUGUCACUAUAAACUCUCAGACGCAAUAAUUGAUAUGUCUCAGUUAAGGGUGAUGUCAGGAAUGAAUUCAAUUAUAGACUCCUAUAUCCUACAGGCCAAAAAUGCUCUUGGACAUAGUAAUCUUAAUUCAGAUUUGGAUUCUAUGGUUUACAUUGCAUCAAAGAAGUUUCUUCUAGCAAUUAAACAUAUGGAAGAAUUGAAUACUGAUACUGAUGAUGACUACUACUAUGAUGAUGACAGAAAUGAUCUUCCAAUGUUUACCUCGUUUAAACAAUCUAUACUGAGGUUUCAAAACUUGCCUGAUUGGCUUCAAGGCAUUGAUAUGGAGGUAUCAGCCAUUCAGGUGAUUAUUGGGUCUAGAUCUUUACUUAUUCCCACGUCUCAUUUAGCAGAUACUUAUGAUGAUGGUUUGAACUUUGACUCUACAGGUGAAAGUCAUAGAUUGAAGACUAUCAGAAUGACUUUACAAAGUGUUCAAGCAAGUUUAAGCAAAAGCAACAGUCCUCCUCCGUCAACUCCCUCUUCUCCAUCAUUACAGAGUACCAAGAAUAGCGUAAGCUCAACAUUAUUAGAUGGGACCACUCCACCAGGUUCCAGCGAAGAAGAAGAAGGUUCAACUCUAAAUGAAGAUCAUUGGGAAGCUAAGAUAAAGUUGAGUAAACUAGAUAUGACAGCUAAACUUGACUUACAAUCGUCUUAUGAUUUGCAAGUGAUUUCAAUACCUGAAAUUAAAGGUACUAUUGAGUCCGUGGGGUCAGCGUUGCAACCAUUUUUCAAAGCAGACUUUGCUUUAAGCCAAAUGAAUAUUCACUACGAUAAGUAUAAACUAUUUGUUAUAUUUGGAGCAGUGAAUUUGAUUCGAGAGUUCUUCAUAAGGCCAUUAAAAUCAAUUAGGACCAAAAUUAAUCGGGAAAUCAGGGCCACUAGCCAAUUGGAAUCGCUGUUUCAAAGACCAAAACGGUAUACCAAGUCUGAAAUCAAUAGCCUAUUGGAUAUGGUAAGCUGGACAAUCAAUGUGGACAAAACACUGGUGUUAAUUGAAUUAUCUGAAGAUUUUUCAUGUAUUGUUCAAUCUUUCGAUAGCAAAUUAUCUUAUGAGAAGAGAAAGUUGGCCUUGAAAUCAGGCUUCUUCCGAGUUCUUCGAAAGGUUGAUAUGGAUGAUAAGAAACUACUUAGCAGAGCCUUUUGCAUUGACAAUUUAGUUGUUCAGAUUGAUGAAAUUAACCUUAUUCUAUUUGAUCCAGUUAUUGAUAUUUAUUCAGAUGGUAUAAGAAUCCUCCAACCGAGUGGGUCUGUUGUAUAUCGAUUCUUUGAUAAUCUUUCCAUUCAAAUUUCGAUUUUAAAGUGCUUAGUUAGAGCAUUAAAGAAGGAAUCCCAUGAACGAUCCAGAGUUAUUUACCCUAGUGAAUCCAAACCAGUCCGCGUUCCUCGUAUCCAAUUAAAGAGUAAGAAGAUCAUUUAUCUCAUUGAAGACGAUCCAUUAGAAGCAGAAAUCAACAUGAAUUAUCAGUUGGGACUCGUUGAACAAAGGAAACGGAUGGAAUUGUGGGACUUGUUUAAUGCAAAGGUUCGUGAUGGUGGUGACAACACCAAUGAUAAUGAUAAAGAUUACCAACAAGAAUUAGACAAUUUGAAUAGAUAUUUGGCCUCAUCAUGGAUACGAAAGGUUAAAGCGUUUAAGUUGAAAUUUAGAAAGGAAAUCAUUGAUAAUAGGAAACAUUUAUUUGGAAAUGAGUUGAAACUUCAACCUGUUGAAAAUGAAGGAAUUCAACCUUCAUAUUCACUGACACCUUUAUUGACUAUGAUAUUUGAUGACGUUAAAUUGAGAGCUUCCAAACCCAAGUUUGAUGAUCAUAAUGAUUUAACCAGUUUUAUUCAUGACAUGGGGAGUGGUGUACCGUAUGAUUCCCAGUAUUCCAUUUUAAUCCCACUGUAUUUGGAUCUUAAGCUAUCUGAAUUUAGAAUGCAUCUUCGAGAUUACCCCUUGCCCUUAGUUCAUACUCCGUCGACCAAAAGUGAACUACCGGGUUUACACUUGUACGGUAAUAUUGUCCUUGCCGAACAAUUGUUAACUUCUCCAGAGCAUAUGAGAGAGAUUCUAGUUUCAUUAGCUGCUCCAGAUCCUACAAGGAACAAUGAUAAUGAUAACACUUACUACAGCUUAUUAUUGAAGAAAUCUUUAGCAACAGUUAAGAUAUACACCGACAUGAUUGGAGAUUUCAAUCUGGAUCUUCCAACUAGAAUAGUUUGGGGACACUCAUAUGAAUUUGCUUUGCAACAGGUGAUGAUGAACUUUGAUCAGUUCUCCAAACCUCCAAUUGACCCUUCGAAGAAAUUGGGGUUCUGGGAUAAAAUUAGGUUCAUUAUGCAUGGGAACUUUACCUUGAGAUCUCAGAGUGCAAUAGAAGUGGCUUUCAAAGGUUCCAAUGAUCCUUACGAUGUUCUUGAAACGGCAUCAGGGUUUAUUCUCAGCUUCAAUGACAACGUCAAAUGGUUAAUAAAUAAGAGUAACAAUUCUCUUGAUUUCUUUGACAUUACUUCCAAGAAAGUUACUUGGUAUAUUCCCAACUAUUUAGUGGCUCUGCUAUAUGUUUGGAGUCGAGAGUCCUCUAAGACGGUACCUUUAAUGGCUUGCAAGGAAAUGGUUACGUCGACGUUUGGCUACUACUUAAGUGAUAUUGCGUCUGAUGGUAAUGUCAGUGGUAAUGCUAAUGUGCUUGAAAAGUGUGUUAUCUCCAUUGAAGGUGGAAUUUCCUUCCAAGUUGGGUUCCUAUUGGAAAGGAUAAAUUCACAAGGUAACACCACUAGUGAAGCCACUCCCCAUUACGAAAUCUUAUUGUGGAAUCCAAAUUAUUGUCAAGCUAAUCAUGAUUCCUAUAGAGGUUUCAGAAGUGACUAUGUUCACAUGAGCAUUUCUUUAAAGGCAGCCAAUAAGCAGUGCUAUAACUGUUUAAACCUUUCUCCUGGAGUAUUCCGCCAGUUCUUUAGUUGGUGGAAGCUAUUCAAUGGGGCUACUCUGAUUCCAAUUCGGAAGGGGAAGUUGUUUGGAGAGUCACAAGCUAAAACUAAGUUUUCCCAACACUUAUCGACGAUUAAGUAUCUUUUCAGUAUCAACUCGAUAUUCAUUGCUCAUGGCUAUCGAAGUGAUGCUUCCAACACAAGUACCGAGGACAAGAUCAAAUGUGUGGGGUUACGGGCCAAGAUAGAUGACUUUGUAGUUGAUUUACAUCAACGGAAGGAACAAACCAAUUUGAAGAGUGAAGGUCAACGGAUGGCUAUGAAUUUAGGGGAAGUUCAUUUAUCAAAUAUUGAUUUACGAAUCAUGAAUGCUACAUUUGAUCAAACGGCUUUUGAACAUGAAAAUGAUACAACAAAUGACCCUAAAAAUCAUAAUAAUAAAUAUUCAGAUGAAGGCUGGUAUGAUGUUGAUAGCUUCAAUGAAGUGUUCUUACCCCGGAUUCGAGAUAAGGGUAAACAAUUCAUCAUCAAGCCCUUUGUAUUCACCAAACAGUUUUCCUACUUACGAGACACCCAUUCUCAGUCAAAAUUUGGAGCCGAAGAGAACCACAAUUGUACGUUAUUCAAGUCCAACGUGUUUCUUCCUCAAAUAGAGAUCUUGGACAGUCGGAUCUCGCAGUUGCUGAGGGCCAUUCAAAAGAAGAAAUCAUUAAAGGACAGUUUGGGGCCUAGAAUCAACAGUUUAAAUCAAUAUAAGGCUGAAUUUGAGAAACGAUGGAAGCAAAUGUCAAGUCAGACAGAAGAUACCGCUACUACUAAUGACCAGAAAGAGUUUCAUAAUAAGUUUAUUCUUAUUAAUAUGCUUUUCAAAUGGAACAAUGUCAAUCGAAACUGUCUUUAUCAAUACAUUAGUUUGGUGAAGAGACAUUCAUCUAUGGCCAAAUACUUAUCGUUUGCAUCGAUUUCAACAGUGGGAGACAUGCUUGAUAGUAUUCUUGAGCAACCUGAGUCGUUGAAUGGAGGAAGAGGUGGUGGUGGUGAAGGUAACUCGAUAUUAACUUCAUCAUCUUCAUUACUCAAUAGAGGAGGGUAUGGUUGUGGUCUGGUAGCUGACUCCAGCAGUCGAAAAGGAGUUAAGCUAUCGUCAAAGGAAAGGUUGGAGAAUUUCGAACAACUCAUUAAGUAUUAUCUUGAUAACCAGACGAUCCAACAGGACUAUGAGUUGGAAAUCAUUUCACCUCAGAUACAACUUCAAAGUGAACAAUUGGAAGAUAGUGUGAUUCUUAUAACGGCACCCAAGAUCGACGGGAAGAUUGUCACGGUAUUGGAUGACCAGCAAAAUGAACUUGAAACCAGAUAUGGGAUUCUUCUACCUGAGGCCAGUAUACUUAUGGUGAAGAAAUCCGAUUUACAAAGUGACGAUGAUGAUUUUGCUUUUAGUCAAGAGGAAAAGGAUAAGCCAUGGCCUCCAUGGUUGGGCAUUGAAGUGUGUCGAGAUGUUCUGUUGGCGAAAAAGUCUAGAAUCUUGGUGGAUAAUUUAUCAGUGAUGUUGAUGUAUGAUAUGUUGAAGCCUAUGGGUACUCAAUUGACUUAUUAUCAUGAUAAUAUGAAUGUCCCCAGUCUUAUUAAAGACCCCAAGGGUACCAAGUUCAUUCAAGAACGAUUACAGAUUGACUGUCCCAAGUUGGUGAUCUCUUGUACUUCGGAACAGUAUAUUAGUUUAUACAUUAUUGUGUUGAACUUAUUGUUCUACAGUGAACCCUUAAGCAAAGAGCUACAAGAUCAAUUGGAGAAGUUACGAUUCUCUCUUGAUCUUCAGAACUUACAAGCACUUUAUUAUCGACUUUGCAACCUUCACAAGUAUAAUUUAUUGAUUAAAUUGUUGAAGAGGAAUUAUAUGUUUCGGGACUUAAAGUCCGACAAUCAUUUACUUAAUGAAUCAAUUCUGCUUUCACUUCUUGAAAAUGAAAUCACAGAAGAGAUUUAUUUGUUGAUGAGAUGCAUUCUUACUGGAGAAUUAUCACUAAGUCAAUCAAACUCUUUCCAUGCCAAAGAUGAAUGGUUCAUUCAAGCUGAUCAGAUCAUCUUCCACUUGUUAGAAGAUGAUCGUACACCCAUAGUUGAUUUUGCCAUGGCUAAAGGACGGUUCAGUCGAAUAGUUAACGAGAAUGGCUCCAAUAAGAAUCGAAUACAAGUAGGGAUGGUGCAAGGUUUCAAUUUGGUUAAAGGAACUUGUUUUUCUACUUUAAUUCAACCAUUCUAUGAUAAUAAAGAUCGUACCAAAUGGGUUAAUAAGGAUUUCUUAACUGUCGAUUGGACCAUGAAUAAAGCCGUUGGGGGCAUUAAGAUCUUGGAGAACUUUGAGAUAGACUUUCAACCAUUAAACGUUAAUCUUGAUGCCAUAACGGGCAAGAAAUUGAUCCGAUAUAUCUUUGCAACUGACGAUAGUAUAGAAGAUUCUCCACUAUUACAAGUGAACAACACGAACAUUAAAGAAGUUGAUGAAGAUAAAGCGGCUGUUGGUGCCGCUGCUGAUGCUAAUGUUGAAGCUGCUGCUGAUGAUGAUGAAAGCAACAAGAAGAAAUCAUAUCAUUCGCUAUUGAAUGAUGACUCCGAUAAGCUGUCUUCUGGAAGUUCAAGUGAAACACCCAAUGAUCAAGUUGAAGAAAUGAUCAAAAGAGCUGGAAAAUAUAUGAGUAUUGGAUACUUCAGAAUAUCACCAGUUCCAGUUAAAAUCUCCAUUCAAUUACAAAGGUAUUUGAGGGUUCUUAACGUCACGGACUUUGUGUUUAACUUUCCACCUAUGGAAAUCAACCAUCAGAUUCUUUCACUUUAUGAUAUCACCAAGUUACUUAAGCAUAGUGUUAUCAAGACACUAGUGGGCCACUCUAGUCGAUUAUUGCUUCAAAAGGUAACCAAAUCAAGAAAGAAAAAGGCCGUUCGACAGCUUAAACCCAUCCUGAGUUAUGAAGAGUUUAGAGAUGUCCAUACCAUCUCAUCCUUAAGUCUGUAG